AUGGCGGAGGGGAGAGUCCCAUCAUCGGUGUCGGUCAGAGUCGCCCACGAACUUCUUGUAGCCGGCCACCGCUAUCUGGACGUCAGGACUCCAGAAGAGUUCAGCCAGGGACAUGCCUGUGGGGCGAUCAACGUUCCUUACAUGAAGCGAGGAGAUUCAGGGAUGUCAAAGAACCCCAGCUUCUUGGAGCAAGUCUCCUCCCAUUUCGGACAUUCCGACCAGAUCAUUGUUGGGUGCCAGAGCGGGGGAAGAUCUUUCCAAGCCACCGCUGAGCUUCUUGAUGCAGGUUUCACGGGAGUCGCAGAUAUCGCCGGCGGUUAUUCUGCCUGGACCCAGAUUGGGCUUCCUACGCAGGACUGA